UAUCUUCCUCUAGUGUCGCAAUAGCUUAACAAGAACUCAGUCAAGUUCAAGAUCGACUUUGCACUAUUUAAUUUCUCUUAUUUUUCUUGAAGGUUUUCAUUUCGUGACAAUUUUCCGAAUUAUGUGUAUAUCUAUGAAGAAACUGGAGUGCUACAUCAUGCUGAAGUUAUGUGCCCGGUGAAAAUUAGUUUACUUUUAAUGAUAGUUUGAAAACUGAUGGUGUGUUUCAAGAGAAAAACAUUUUUUUCGCUGUGUUGAGAUUGGUUUUAAAAAAUUUAAAUUAGAAGAAAUAUAGGUUUCAACCAUCUAUUAAGUGAUGAGUGCGAUAGCGGCGCCCUUGUAUGGGCUGGGAGCGACGGCGGCAUCAAACUUGGCCAUUUUCCUGCCAGCUCUGGUGGCUGCCAUAGCCUACUUCCAGUACGAACAACUGGAUCCAGAGAGCAGGCCCAUAGAUGUACAAGAAGACGAACUCCUGGAAAGGUACGACUUCAUAGUGGUCGGGGCAGGAUCCGCAGGGGCCGUGGUGGCUAAUCGACUGAGCGAGGUAGACAGCUGGAAUGUGUUGUUAUUAGAAGCCGGAGGAGACGAAACUGAAAUUUCCGACGUCCCUUUGAUGGCGGCCUACCUGCAACUAUCCGCCCUAGACUGGAAAUAUAAAAGCGAACCUCAAGGGCAGGCAUGUCUAGCGAUGAACAACGGCAGAUGCAACUGGCCCAGGGGCAAAGUUAUAGGCGGCUCGUCUGUCCUCAACUACAUGCUGUAUUUGCGCGGCAACAAGAAGGACUACGACAUCUGGGAGUCCCUGGGGAAUCCAGGAUGGGGUUCUCAGGAUGCCCUGUACUACUUCAAGAAGUCGGAGGAUAACCAGAACCCGUACCUGGCCCGUACGAUCUAUCACGGAACUGGGGGGUAUUUGACGGUGUCCGAGGCCCCCUAUCACACGCCGCUGGUGGCAGCGUUCGUAGAGGCUGGGAGGCAGUUGGGAUACAAGAACAGGGACAUCAACGGGAAGUACCAGACUGGUUUCAUGAUGGCACAAGGAACUGUUAGGAGAGGUUCGAGGUGUUCUACUGGCAAGGCCUUCCUAAGGCCAGUGAGGCUUCGGGGAAACCUUCACGUGGCCAUGAAGGCUCACGUCACCAGAGUCCUGAUAGAUCCCUUGUCGAAAGUUGCCUACGGAGUCGAAUUUGUACGGAACGGCAAACUCCACAGAGUUCGCGCUACCAAAGAGGUCAUCCUAUCCGCGGGUGCUGUCAAUUCUCCCCAACUUCUGAUGUUGUCAGGAGUUGGGCCCAGAGCCGACCUGGAGCAGCUCAAGAUCCCGGUCGUACAGGACCUGAAAGUGGGCCAUAAUCUGCAGGACCACAUAGGUCUCGGUGGUCUCACAUUUCUGAUCAACAAAGAAGACUCCAUCACAUUGGACAGGGUGUACUCAGUCGGCCCCCUGAUGCAGUACGCCAUCUUCGGCGGCGGCCCGCUUACCAUCAUGGGCGGCGUGGAGGGCCUCGCCUUCGUCAACACCAAGUACGCCAACGCCUCCGAGGACUUCCCCGACAUCGAGUUCCACUUCGUCUCCGGGUCGACGCACAGCGACGCUGGCGCCCAAAUCAAGAAGGCGCACGGCCUCUCGGACGACUUCUACGAUAGGGUGUUCAAGCCCAUCAACAACAGGGACGCGUGGAGCGUUAUUCCCAUGUUGUUGAGACCCAAGAGCAGAGGGUUUAUAAAACUGCGCAGCAAGAGGCCUUUCGACCCUCCACUGAUCUACCCGAACUACUUCCAAGACGACUUCGACAUGAAGACGCUGAUAGAGGGCGCUAAGAUCGGCGUGGCGCUGAGUCAGACGCCGGCCUUUAAGUCGUACGGCAGCAGGUUGCACGAGUUUCCCGAUUGCGAGCACAUCCCCAGGUACACCGACCCCUACUGGGAGUGCAUGAUUAGAUUGUACACGGUCACUAUAUAUCAUCCUGUAGGUACGUGCAAAAUGGGACCCUAUUGGGACCAGGACGCCGUAGUGGAUUCGCAGCUGAGGGUGUACGGUAUCAAAGGGCUGAGGGUGAUAGACGCCUCCAUCAUGCCAAACCUGGUGAGCGGGAACACCAAUGCGCCCGUCAUCAUGAUUGGGGAGAAGGGGGCCGACCUAGUGAAAGAGUUUUGGACGAAAACCGCGAAAUAUAAGAGAAAUUACAGGGGGAUUUGAGCGCGGGGUGGUACGGCACGAUGUAUAAGUGUAGUGCGUGAGCCGUGUUGUUUUUUUUUUUAUUCGGAACUGGUUUUAAUACAGCUAAAUUAGGUUUUGACUGAUUCUUACGUAAACAAAUGUAACAAUACUCGUUGUAUAAAAGAUCAAAACAUAUUUGAAGUUUGUUUGUAUUGUACUGCAGCACUAAGUUAUAUACGAACAUCAUAUUUUUGAGACAAACAAUAGACAUUUCUCAUAACAAUCGUCUAUAAACUAGGAAAAUUAAUAGAGUUCCUCUAAUUUAUUCUAUUCAAAUGUGUAUAUUAAGGCAGUUUGUAAUACCUGUAUGUUAUUUAUCGAAUUGAA